AACCAUUCAUAGUAUAGAUCAAAAUGAGUAUUGGUAAAUUGACACAUUACACAUUUGAUUUAGUUUUGAUUUCAAUUAUUCUUGCUGGAAUCCAUCGUAAUACUGGUCUCCAAUUUGACGUAUCCCACUUUUCGCUGGUUGAUGUCCGUCGUUAUUUUGGUAAGUAUUUGGCAUUUGGUGAAGCAUGUUAUGACAGGGUAGUCAGUUUAUUGAAAUUCAGUGGGUAUUUCAGACAGAGUAACUUAAUUUAUGAUUUUGCUCAAAGGGCAAGUGAUAGAUUAAAGGAGGAAACUGGAAGAAGUUUAGACGAAUUUAAAAGAGAAAAUAAAGUGGAUUAGUUGGUGUGGUUUAACCAAAUCUAGUUUGACUAAUUGUUAAUUGUGUAUAUAAAAUUAGAAAAAAA